UUCACUUCUUAGUGCUAGCUUCGCAUAAAUUGUUUCACCUUGGUGCUGAUUUAUAGAUACUGAAAGACUUCAGAACUGCGUCAUGCUAUCAGAGCAGCCAAAGGUACUACUGCGCUAUUAAGGAGAGAUGUCGCUGAACGAGUACCCUUUCCCGGUCAAGGAGAGAGACCCUAGAAAGGGCAGGUACGAUCUGCCCAAGUACGUGCGGAAUUCUUAUGGAGACUACGUCAUGGAGAUGCUGCGCACCGAGGAGCUGCCGGAGCCUCCGCCGGCAGACACCACCGGUACGCGCAUCCGCCUCAUCCUGACCCUGAUGAUGGCCGUGCUGCUGUGCGCGGCCACGGGCCUCGGCGUAGUCGCCGUCGUCAGAAAUUCUGGAAGGCUCUUCGAGCGGACGACCCGCGACGCAGAGGCCGUCGAAAACUGGUUUCACGUCGGUGUGCCGUUCACCUUCGCGAACGACAGCGGGUUGGCCACUAGCGAUGACGUCGCCGCGAAUGACACGACCAGCGACACUUCUCCAGCGCUGACGGGGACUGAGCACAUGACGUCGUUAUAGCACGUGCAGACAGCCAUGCCGCUCGCGGCUCUCUCGAACCAGGAAGACUUAUUCCACAACGCUUUCUUCUCUAACGUUCAAGCGCCCCUAGUUGCGGGCAAAGUCGAUUGGUUGAUUCACAUCGAUUGCGGUUGUUGUGCUUUGUACGAUUUCGUCGUUUAUUUAAAUACACUGUUAUUUUGAAUGAACGUAUUAACAAGAAAUCUCGCACUCCGU